UAGAUUAACUUUAGUUUUGGUUAAACUAAUUUGUUACUUUUUUUUAAUUUUUAGAGCUAGGAAAAGAUAAAAACUUGGAUAAAAGUUAAACUGAGAUUAUAGUAAUAGAAUUGGAUAUAAUUUUAUUUUGAUACAAUAAUUGUGGCAUAAGGGUUGCGUAUCUGCUUUCUAUGUGCCAAAGGUUUAAAUUCACUUAGAACACUAUCAGAUUUUUAAUUGAUCAUCUCUCGGGAGGCAAUGGCAAACUAUCGAAAAUAGCUUUAUCAAUGCAGUCACCAUGGAACGUGCAUGAGCAUACAUCAAAUGGAGAUUACGAUCUUCAAUCAUGCAUGAUCGACUUGAGAAAGAGAGAAAGGUAGAGAGAUAUAAAAAGAGAGAGAUAGAGGUAGAGAUAGAGAGAGGAAGAGGUAAAUGUUAACGGAUUAUUUUUAACAAAGGAAAGUUAAUUUGAUAUACGAACCACUCAAAAGUUAGAUUAAAAACUGGUAUUUCUAAAGGCUGCAUUCAAAAAGUUAUUUCGCUUGAAAAUAGCUUUGGCUCGAUAAUAGAAACAAAUGAUAGGAGUAAUCGAUGGUAACGGAUUCUUUGACGGCGAUCGCGGAGUAAAUUUUUCGUGUCGAUUACAUUGUGGGAGUGCCGUUUUGUUUGCUUUUGUAACAGUAAUAUUGGCGUAAAAUUGCGAGUGUAAUUUGCAUGCACUUCAACGAUUAUUGCGAAAAUGGCGAGGAAGGAGACAAAAACUGGAAGAAGGGUGAAAAGGGUGAAGCCUAUGAAAAUCGCUGCUCUUGUCGUCUCAGCUGUACAAGAUCUUCGCGAAACCAAGGGCUCUACACCCAGAAAGAUUGCAGGAUAUAUUAGUUACGCUUCGAGCAUGCCCGAGCAACGCGUUAAACGACAAGUGAAUGCGGCUCUGAAGCGAGGCGUGGAGUACGGCAUUUUGCGACGGUAUCGCGGUCACUACUUCCUUUCCACUGGCGACGAGCUGGAUCGCGCGAAUCGCAUCGCCGCGCGAUUCGCAAGGUUGCCGACGCCCGCGCCGACGCCCGCCAAGUCCAAGACCAUUUCUUCCCGCGGAACGAAGGACAGUAAGAGGCCCAGAGGAAUUGGUAAUGGAGCGCGAAAGAGUAAAAAAGUUCGGAAAACCCGUGCCCCCGCUGUCUCGGCCAGUCCGAGUUUGACGGACGAGAUUGCCGGUGACGUUGCGUCCGUGACUCAGUGAAAUUAUUUAGCAGUGUCCCCGGUACAGCCCCAGGAAGAGAUUUUCUCCCCCGUGUGUGACGCGGCAUUAAAAUGCGUCCCGUCCCGUCCCCCGCCUGUCCUUCCUCCCCGUUGCGUAGCCGUGCGCAUCCAUUUGUGAAUAACUGCUAUUUGUUUCCCAUUGAACAGAGGACAAAAGUGAUUCAUUGGCAAUCAACUGAUUGAUAUAAAUUAGAUACGAUUGUACUUGUAUAUAAACGAAUCGGUCUGAAAUGCUGUACGAUACUUUGCGUCGAAAUGAUUUUUCAAUGAUAAAAAGUUAUAUCGCAAUAUUUCAUGUCCAAAAGAAUGAUUGCACGCACUGGACGCAACAUGACAAUUCCAUUCCGUUGCGUUCCAAUCCUCGUUCAUAAAUUAUCGGUUAACAAUAUUUAGAUGGUGAGUAAUCGUAUUCGGGACGGAGUUUCAUUGUUACGGAGAUUUUAAUAUCUUUUGGCAGAAACGACCGGGAACCGACCCCGGGAACCGACGGGGGGGCAGUCUUAGGGAUGAUCAAUCGUGGGAGACGAAUCAAUCGUUUUCUAUUACAACGGUAUAUCGAUUUACCCGGGCUGACGUCCCGCGCCACUUCCGCUCGUCCGCGCUGUGGUAGAAUUAAGUGAAAUGAGGAACGAGAUUUCUUUCCUUUUUUUUUUUUCGUAAAUUGCACCGGAGGCAAGACGA